AUGUACUUCCCACACACCCUCCUCCUCGCCCUCACAGCCGCAACCACCAUCUCCGCCCACGGCGUCGUCACCGAAGUCAAAGGCGCAAAUGGCGUGACCAUGCCUGGUUUGACAAUCCAAGACGGAACACCACGUGAUUGCUCCUCCAAUGGAUGCGGUUCCCAAGCCGACACAGCCAUCAUCCGCGACCGCGAAAUCGCAAGCGGCAAAACUGGUCCCCUGGGCCGGACGCAAGGCAACGGCAACGUCGAUGCUGCAGUCAUGGUCGGCGCGUUCAUGGGGUCCGGGGCUGCGCCGCCGGCAAACCAGGGCGCAUCGGGGAGUGUCGGGGUUGAAGAUGAUAUCCCCCAGAAUGCACAGAAUGCAGGUGCAGGCACGCAGCGGAAGCGCCAGUUCCUCAGCAACCUUCUAGGGGGACUGGGAGGUGGAAAGGGUGGUGCUGCCGCGGGCGGUGGUGCAGGCGGUGGUGCAACUGGAAUUGCCGGGUUGUUUGGAGGUGGUGGUGAUAAGGUUAAUGGGCCGCCUGAGGCAAGGGUUGCUGCUGCUACUGGAGCGGGAGCGACGGGGGGUCUGCCGACAUGUGCGGAUGAUGGGACGGUUACUAUGACGCUUCGUCAGAUUAACCAAGAUGGCGCGGGUCCUUUCACAGCAGAUGUCGACGGUACAUCUGGUGGCACUGAUGAAGCUGCCAUGCAGCCUGCCACUGUCACUCAGGACGUCCCUGGUCUGGGUGUCCAGGGCAUUUCUCUGGCAACCAACACCGAGUUCGAGAUGAAGGUCCAGAUGCCUGCCGGUAUGACUUGCGAUGCGACUGUUGCUGGUGUCAACAAUGUCUGUGUCAUGCGUGUCCGCAACGGUGCAGCUGCUGGUCCCUUUGGUGGCUCUGUUGCCUUCACCCAGAGCACUGCGGCCAAGAAGCGUGCUCUUGCCUACAGGCUCAAGAAGCGUAUGGAAAUUGGCCGCCUGCCCUAA